AUGCCUCAAAUACCCAACUGUGGAAACAACGCAACACCAACCCCGCCGGAGAUAAAUACAGUUGCAUUCCAAGCAGCGGUGUCUGCUGUGGUCACUGCAGCACUUGCGCAGGUUCGCAAUGGAAACAACGGAGACGACGUCGGACAGGGAAUAAGAAGCACAAAUCAUGGAACAAAGCACAGAGCCACACGAACCUACACCUACAAGGAUUUCACCAACGCCAAACCUCGAACCCUUAACGGAACAGGAGGCGUAAUAGCCUUGAAGCGAUGGAUUGAGAAAGUAGAAUCAGUCUUUGAAAUCUGCGGGUGUCCCGAUGAGUGCAAGGUCAAGUUCGCAUCCUACACAUUCACUGAUCAAGCUCUCUCCUGGUGGAAUGGCCACAUAGAGGCCAUGACACUCCCGAUGGCGAACGCGUUGCCAUGGGAAGAGCUUAAAGAAAUGAUACUGGCUGAAUACUGUCCAAGAGGCGAAAUCCAGAAGAUGGAACACGAACAGUGGAACCUCACAGUUCAAAACUCCGAUAUCGAUGUGUACAUAUCCAGAUUUAGUGAGCUAUCUCUUCUGUGCCCUGGAAUGAUCACCUCAGAAGGGAAAAAUAUUGAGAGAUUUAUCUGGGGACUGACUGCACCUAUCCAAGGGAAUGUCAUUGCGGAAAACCCUGAGACGUUUGAUAGCGCCAAGAGACUAGCCAAGAAAUUGUAUGAUCACGGUAACAAGAAGGGUGCCCAAACAGUGGAAGUGGAGGUUAAGAAAGAAGGAGAGAAUAAGAAAGGGAAAAAAACAAGCAAAAGGGAAAACAAAACUCGGAAUCAUCUAAGAAACAACAAACGGUGGCUGUUCAUGCGGCAACACAAGCUACCACCACACCACAUGCUCCAGCCUCAUCCACACCAAAUGCUCCAAAGCAGUACUCAGGAAAUCUCCCCAAAUGUAAAAAAUGCAACUUCCACCAUCAUGGGGAAUGCAGAGAGAUGA